UUUCAAAGGCUGUCUUCUCUCGAAAAAAAACACCUAUCUUUAGAGAAAUGCACCAAGUCUUUAGAGAAACGGUCUUUGUUAGACCUUGCCAAACUAGACUACAAGUCCAGGUUGGAGGAGGGCACGACCAGUCAAGUUAUUUCGUUUGCGUCUUUUAGGGAUACAAGAGAGGCUACAUCCGGCGAAGUAGAGGUAAAAGAAGGAUGGGCGCUAAAGCCGAGCAAAAAAGCAUAUCGCCUUAACCAAAACCAGAGGGAUUAUCUAAAUGCGAAGUUUACAAUUGGUCAAACUAGCGGCAGAAAACUGGACGGUGAUAUCGUAUCACGUGAAAUGAGACGUGCACAAGGACCUGAUGGUGUUCGUUUGUUCAAAGUAUCCGAGUUUCUUACCCCGCAGCAGUGUACUUCAUAUUUCUCACGUCUUGCAGCGAAGGUCCGACGGCAAACAUCCGACGAUGCUGAAAUCCAAGCUGUAGAAGAAGAGGAAAACUUUACCAUGGCAAGAGAAAUAAUCCUAUCCAUCACGCUACAGCACCCCAUCACUUACGAU